CAACAUGGCAGACUUAGAAGUACAACCUUUCGGGUUAACCCGAGCCCAAUCUGCAGCAGUUAUUCGAGGAAGUGCUAUAGACAAUCAACCUCAACUAAUGUUGACACGGACAUAUUCAAUCCCCAAUGUUUUUGAUUAUCAUCGACGAACAGAUCAAUACAAACCUCAAUUUUCUAUUUAUUCUUACUCCCUAGCUAAACAUCGUCCUUAUUUUCCAUAUCGCUAUGUGAGGGAUACUGAACGAGGCGCCGCAGCUAAUAGUUUUUGGUAUAAUCGCUAUUAUCAAUUUACUCCCCUCUUUAAACGUUCAAUCUUCCGUCCCUAUUUCUACUAUCGCCACGAUUUUGACAAUCCAAGCUAUUCAAGACGAGCAUACGACCCAUUCUUUACACCUCAUUUUGACGCAUAUUCUUAUGGAAAUUGGGGGAAAGUUCGACAACAUUAUGUUUAAAAAGAAAAUUG